AUGUCUUUCGAACAUGAAUACCCGAUUGUCAACGUAAUCGGAAAAAACCGAACAAAUCAGAAGAUAUUUCAUUUAAACAUGUGUUUGUGUCAAUAUAAGCACUAUAUUAAUUGCUUUGAUAGAGUAAGCAACCAGAUGCAGAUUGGGAUACUGAGCAUCCUUGUAACAAACUACCCGAAUGUUGUAUUGUAUUUUUAUCAAGGAAUUGUAACUUUCUAUAAGGACGGUCUGACAUUAUUCUUGCCAUUAUGGUUUAAAAUACAGUACACGUUGAUCUUGCUUCUUACUCCAGCUAUUUUAUCGGAACUAAUCAGUGUUGAGUACGAUAAAAUACGAGAGACUCUGAGAAAGCAGAUAGCCACCUGCACUGAUGAAUGUUUAAAAGAAGUACAGCAGAAGGCAUAUGUCUACGUAAAAUUACGACCAUACGAAUUCGUGAUUGGUCGAGCGAUCUCACUCAAUGUGUCGAUGCCACUCAGUUUUAUUGGUGUUUGUAUUGGCCACCUGAUUGUUCUCUUACAGAAUAAAAACCAAAGAUACAAAAAUUCAUAA